UUAUUUGAUCACAUUGAAAGCGUUGCUUUGCGUUGCAUUUAUGUUCGCUAUAUCAGUGUUACCUCUGUUAAGAAAAAAGUGUUAAAAUCAAACAGAAACUUAACAUUCGUGGAAAUAAUGAAUUAUUGAAUCCAAGUAAUUGUUUAAGUGACAAAAUGUUGCUAAGUAAACGGUAUUUAAAAAAAAAAAAAACAAUUCAUUUCGAUAAAACAUGUUCGUAAGUAUAAUGUUUGUUCGAAGUCCACUUUAAAUUAUAGAUAUAACUUCAUUGGCCACUUUUUGCAAAAAGUGCAAAAGUAAAAAUAUUUUUCUCUUACUAGCUCCACCCACCGUUUUUUCGCGUGCAAAAAGUGCAUAAAUUGCUUUAAAACUUAAAAUGAAAGGUUUUCAACACAUUUUUUAAGUUUUAAUAAGUUUCAUUAAAAUAAAUAUACAUAUAUUAAUUCCAAAGGUAUAUUUUAAGAAAAGUUUCAUUACAUUUUAAAAAUUUCUACACGGCAACACUUUUUUUCAAACUCAUCGGUCAUCGCAUCAAUUCUAUCGCACAUGCGCAGUAAGUGUGUGUGUCGAACGAAAACGGUAAAAUUGUUGCGUUGAGUUUUCAGUCUGGCUGGUUCUUGGAUAAAGUAAGGAAGCAAAAGCAAGUUAGUUCGUGUUGGAUACAUUUUGAUAUAAAGGUGGUGAGUACCUAUUUUAUUAUUUAAAGUUUGCAUAGUUAUUAUUUGUGUUUUUAUGAUCAAUAUAAGCAUAAUUACUGUCUAAAAACAUAAUUUUCUUAUGAUUACAGCCAAAGAUCAAUUUUAAAUCGAAGUCCACAUUAAAUUAAAUAUAUAUUAAUUCCAAAGGCUGGCUCUGGGAUAAAUUAAGGAAGCAAAAGCAAAUAACUUUGUAUUGGAUACAUUUUGAUUGUUGAGAAAAUGAUUCUUUUCAUUACUGCUGUAUAUAAAGGGUUAUCAUCAAUAAUAAAAGUCCAAGGACAAUCUAGUUUAUUAACAUACUUAGAGUUGGCCAAAGCUGUCAAAGAUCAAUUUAAAAUCAUCGGAAAUAUUAAAUUUUACGAUGCAAAAGCUAACGUUUUUAUUUGUGAUGAGGACGUAGUUGAGUAUGCAAUCCAGUUUAAAUCUUCUCCAAGCUGGACCUUAGGAGUGCUAGACGAUGGCGUUCUUGAAAUUCCAGGUUCCCAAGGAAGUUCCCUAUCAAUACGUGACAGUGAUACUACUGUAGCAAAUUCAUCUUCUAUAAGUGACAUUAGUGUAACACCAUCGCCACCACCGAAACAUCCUUCAGAAAUAAUACUUCAAGAAUAAGUGACGUGCAAGAAUACGUUAUAACUAAAAUCAAUGCUCAGGUUCCCAAGGAAGUUCCCUAUUAAUACGUGACAGUGAUACGAGUGCAAAAAAUUAAAGACUCUUAAGGAACCCGGCAUCGAGAAUAUACAAAUAAUUCCUAAAAAUAUAACAUCCUCCAGUAACAAUACAACUCCUCAAGAAGAAACAUCCUUCAGAAAUAAUACUUCAAGAAUAAGUGACGUGCAAGAAUACGUUAUAACUAAAAUCAAUGCUCAGGUAAAAACAUUGAAAUAACUAACUGAAUUUUUCAUUUUACAAAAUAUAUAGGGGCCCUUCUAUGUAACUCUGUUCUACUUUCGGAUCUGUUUAGAAGCUACUUUCGAUUUAAAUUUUUAUCCAAACUACAUAAUGUAUCUGAAUCUUGCGAAUACAUUAUAAAAAUAAAAAUUUGAACACUUAUUGUAGAAUCGAAUUACAUAGUUGGGCCCCCGGACAUAAAUACUUUAAAAAUAUUCUUUUUUAUUAAAAUACAUUCCAAUCCCACUACUUAAAUUCUAUAUUAAAAUUCAAUAAAUUAAUUAUUUCGCUUGUCUAUGUUUUGAACUGUUAACUUUAAGUAAAUUUUGUUAAGCUUGUAAAUUAAUACAUAUAUAUUUAUUGUUUAAAUAAAAAAAGAGAUACAAAUGAAAUUUUAUCUAUAUUUUUGAAUGGAAAAUGCGUAAAUCUGAGAAUUAGAAUUUUGGAGUUAUUUUGAAACUGUUGUACGUUUGUGUCACACUAUUAUCGCGUUUGGGAACAUCGAAUCUGCUUUUUGGGGUAGACAAAAUACACGUUCACAGAAAACGUAUUGCGUAAAAAAAUCCAAAACUAAACAAAUCAAACACCAAUUUUCUGAAAUACAAAUGUAUUAAUCGUUUGUUAAAGCAAUAAGUUUAUU